AUGACAAUCCAAAGCAGCCAGGCUCCCUCGGACAGCCCUGCAGUCCUCUACCAGGCCCUCGGCAAAUACUCCUCGCUGACGGACGAGGACCAGCGCAAAUGGUGGAAUCACACCGGCCCCGUCCUGGAGCGAAUGCUGCGCGAUUCAGGCUACGACACCCAAAGCCAGUGCCUCUAUCUGUACCUCCUCCAGCAACACCUGAUCCCCUUCCUGGGCACUUUCCCGACCGAGGGCCAGGAGCACAAGCGAUGGCUGAGCAACCUGACGCCCUAUAAGGUGCCGUACGAGUUAAGCUGGAACGUCUCCCACAAAGUCGUCCGCAUCUCAUGGGAUCCCGUCUGCCAUCUGUCCGGCACGGAGGCCGAUCUGUUCAACAAGAAGGCCAUCCAUGACUGCACUCGCCGCCUGGCCCAGCUGGAUAACUCCAUUGUCCUGGACCGCUACCAGGCCUUGCACCGUGAGCUUGUUCUCACUGAGCAGGAGGAGCAAGCGUUGCGAAGUAGCGACACCCUCCCCGCCGCCGGACGAGGUCAGCAUAACCUAGCCGUGGAUUUCCAGAACGGCAGCAUGAGUCUGAAGGUGUACUUCUAUCCGUACAUGAAGUUUCUCGCCACGGGGACCUCUAUCCAGGAGCUGUUCUUCCGCGCCAUCGACAAGCUGCACAUUUCGGGUAUUGAGACCCCGUUGCGCAUGCUCCAGUGCUAUCUCAGCUCGUCCCACGAUGACGGCAUGCCCACCGUCGACGAGAAAGUCUUCCCCAGUCUGCUGGCCUGCGACCUCUGCGACCCGCGCAAGAGCCGCAUCAAGUUCUACGUUAUCGACAAGUGGGUGAAGUGGGAGCGCAUCGUGGACAUCUGGACGAUUGGCGGCCGACGCGUCAAUGACCCCGUUUGCAGCGAGGGCCUGGCUAUGCUCAAGGAGCUCUGGGACCUGCUGAACAUCCCCGAGGGCGACCGCGGCGAUAUCUGGCCAAACCUGGUCCUUGGACAGCCCCCGACGCAUCUGAUGACUACCAUGGCCAACUAUACCUUGUCGCCGGCCAGUGAAUACCCCGAGCCCCAGGUAUAUCUGGUCACGUUUGGCAUGAACGACAUGGUCGUGAUGAAUGCGCUGACGACGUUCUACGAGCGGGUCGGCUGGACCGACAUGGCGGCGUCGUAUAAAGAUCACAUCCGCUCUUACUAUCCCAAUAUAGAUCUGCGCAAGACGAACUGGGUCCACGAAGCCAUUUCGUUCUCGUAUCGGAACUCGAUGCCUUAUCUGACAUGCGCUCUUGGGGUCAAGCAAGCACCUGUGGGCUUUGGCGCUCCUCAGCGGUGUCGGUGUCGACCCCACGAGCCCUGCUGGCCGUCCCCAGCGGAAUGGCAGGCCCUAAACACGUCACUUCACGGUAACGUCGUAGAGGUUCGACCAAUUGGCCAUGUUUGUCACGGGGAUACCUACGACCCGGUGGCGUGCGAGCAGGUGGUGAAGUUAUCGUCCAAUGGCACAUGGAGAGCAAGUCAGCCAGGUGCUCAGCAGGAACACGCAUGGGAGGUGUCCCUGUCGCGCAACGAGACCUGCUUCGUCCACGAAAACGAUGCUUCGGGACCUUGUGGUCAGGGGCGGAUUCCACUAUACUCGACAAUGGUGGAAAACGCCGAACAGGUGCAGAAAGCCGUCAAGUUUGCCCGGGAGAGAAAGCUGCGACUGGUGGUUAAAAACACCGGGCAUGAUUCGGGCGGGCGUUCCAGUGCACUGGAUUCCUUUCAGAUUCUGACGCAACGUCUCAAAGAGAUCACUUUCCUCGACAAUUUCGUGCCAACAACUGAGCAAGCCGAUGAAAGAGACGCAAGGUCCAAGGGACGCAGCGUCAGGAUUGGGGCCGGCGUUCUGACGAAAGAGCUCUACGCUGCGGCAGAUGAGCAUGGGCAUACGAUUCUGGCGGGCGAAUGCGCCACGGUUGGGUUUGCCGGAGGAUACCUUCAGGGAGGAGGCGUGUCGACGGCGCUUUCGCCGAUGAAGGGACUGGCGGUAGACUUGGUGCACGAGUUCGAGGUUGUCACUGCAGAGGGCGAGCUCGUGAUCGCGAACGAACUUCAGAAUCAAGAUCUGUUCUGGGCACUUCGCGGCGGCGGCGGAGGAACCUUCGGCGUGGUGACCAGUCUCACAAUGCCCGUCUUCGGCGAGAUUCCAGCGGUAGUAUCGAAUCUGAUGUUCAUGAGGCCGGAACGAGACGAUACCUUCUGGGAGGCCGUCAAAGAGGUUCUCUACACCGUGCGCAGUCUGUCCGUGAACCACAGCUCCGGUCAAUAUUGGAUCGGUCGUGCUCCGACCGGUGACUACUUCGUGCGGCUCACGCAGUUCUUCAUUGGCGAGACCGAUGCGGACGAGGCAAACGGGAAAUUCACAGCCCUCCUAGAGUCCCUCCAGCGGUACGACAUCGCCGGAGAUCUCCAGUCCACGGCCUACGCGCGAUUGAGCUCGUUCUUGGCGAUCCCUCAGGGCGAGUUCGUCGGCGGCAUCCCCUUCCACCAAGAAAAUAUCCUCAUCCCGCGGGAAUCGUACGACAAGCCGGAAGGGCCGGCGCAGAUGGUCGACCGGCUGGCCGCCCUGGACCUGCGGCCCGGUGAUACCUGGGUCGCGAAUACCCUCGGCGGCCGGGUGGCGACCAACGGCGACGUGGUGAACAACGCAAUGCAUCCGGGGUGGCGGACGGCGGCGAUCCUGCUGGUCGGCAAUCGAGUUUUCGAGCCCACGUUGAAGGACCAGCGGGACGUCCAACGUCGUGUCACCUCCGUCGAGGGGCCCGUCCUGCAGUCGAUCAGCCAGCCCAGUCCCGUCGCCAUGUACCUGAACGAGGCGGAUUCGGAGCUGGCAGCCUGGCAGCAGUGGUUCUGGGGAGAGAAGUAUGAUCGGCUGCGAGAGAUCAAGAAAAAAUGGGACCCGGAAAGCCUGUUCAUCGUGCGACACGGGGUCGGCAGCGAGGAUUGGGACGACGACGGCAUGUGUCGGGACGACGGAUGGACAGAAUUCGAUCCCUUCUGGUGCCUUUAUCAACCUCUUGAGUGUGGGCGGCGGUACAUUCCCGGCCUGGUCUAG